UUCAGACAAAUGGCAAUAGCAACGGAACAGGACUUGGCAUUACUCCUACUCCAGUUGCACCAACAAGUUCUGUGUUUUCUGGAAACAGUGGGUGGUCUUCAAACAACAAUCAGUCAGGAUCAAAAGCAUCACAAUUUAUUGCAACAACCACUUCAAAUCAUAGACCUUCAUCGGUGCCAAAGCCCGCACCUCUUCUUGCCCCAUCAGCACCCACCUCCAGACCAACGCCUGCUUCAUCAAAUAAUAGCUGGACAAUGGCACCACCUCCAUCCAACAGAGCACCUCAAAAUAUCCCCAUGCUGUCUGGACCAUCUUCUUACAACACAUCACAGACUACAGUGCCUCCUUUAUCCUCUAUAGCAAACCUUUCUAUUAAGCAACCCAGUGGAGGUUCUAAUUAUGCAGCAUUGCAAUCUCUUGUUAGUACAGGCAGUGGAUCAAUGAUGCCUUUGAUUGCUUCUUCUCCUGUGCCGCAACAAUCAAAUACAAGUGGAAUGGGUCUACUGCAGCCUAUGUCCAGUAGACCAGUUCAAUCUAACAGUUCCGUGUCUAAUAAUGGAUCUAUUGGACAUAAACUUAACAAUCUCAAUGCAUUUGAUCCACUUGGUUAAAUUAGCUCCAACUACGUAUAGAUACCUUUAUUUCUUCUGUAAAAUAUACAUACUAAAAGAACAUUACAACCUGU